GCAACACGGCGCAGGACGGGGUGCCUACAAGUUCCAACUUCACUGUAUUCCCUAUGUGUUGAACCAUCUUUAGGUACCUACCAACUUAGAUAGGUACCUAAUCUAGGGUACCUAAUUCGCAUCAUCAUCUUCUUCCCUAAUCCCGCCGCCGCUUCUGCCCCGUGUCGCAUGUUUCUCUCCCUUUUACUACUACAAGCCAACUUUCUUCAUCUAUCAAUCACUUCAUCACCUCAUCUCUUUUUUUCACCCCUAGUCUUCAAUACUCACUCUCCUUUAUAGACUAGGAAUCUAUUUUCGUCCUAUUUUCUCUUCUUACUCAACCAAUAAACCUGCGUCGCGAAUAUUUCCUUCAUUAUUUGAAAUCCGCCACUUCCGCUACUCCCUUUUUUAUACUUUUCCCAACAGUUACAUUUUUUUUUGGCUUCUACCUACUCUUAACGAUGUCCGGACGUUACGAACGGGUCAACACCCAAGACGACGAACCCGAUACCCCGAUUGCUCCCUCUUCGUUACGACCACGAUCGACGCCUAACUCUCCCCCGCCUUCAUUUCAUUCCCGGGCCUCUUCUGCUGAAAGAAGAAGGCGAGAUGUCGAUCCUGCAUUAGCUGAUGCAUUCGAUGCCGAAGACGACGAUAGCGACGAUGAUGAACCCGAUGAUAGGCAGCGCUUAGUUCGAGGAAAUUCUUUCCCCAUUUCAAACAACACUACGAGCCAGACUUCAAAUGGGAACGAUGCGCGAACAUCUCCCGGAAGCCAGACACAAUUCUCCGGUGUUAACAACGCUCAGCAUGCUAGUUCAAGAGUGUACGGUGGUGGAAUACAAUCGGAUGGCGUAUUUUCCAACAUGAUGGCUCGACCGGAAAGGGGCGAGAAGGUCGUUGAAGAAGCACCUCCAACCUACGAGCAAGCUGCGGCAGAUGCUGCGCCACCAUAUUGGGAAACGACUAUCCUAGCACCGGGUCUUGGUGGUCCCGAGGAUGUUUAUAUCGAUGGAAUGCCCGUUGGCUCAGUAUUCAGUUUUAUUUGGAACGGAAUGAUCAGCAUGUCCUUUCAAGUGUUUUUCGUUGGUUUCCUCCUUACGUACCUAUUACACUCCACACAUGCGGCAAAGAAUGGCUCUCGCGCCGGACUCGGUAUAACACUCAUCCAGUACGGCUUCCUGUUGAAAGGAUCCUCUUCCGACUCGGGCGGUAUGGCCGGUGCGCCUACGGACGGAUACGCACAACCUCCGGAUCCCAACAGCCAUGAUUUUGACCCCACGACUGUUUCGACUGAUAAUGGCGAAGAAGGUUCGGCAUUUAGUGAUAUUGUGGGCAGCGAGUGGCUAGCGUAUCUGCUUAUGAUUGUGGGUUGGUUAAUCUUGAUCCGAGCGGUUUGCGACUACGUCAGGGUCAGGAAGCAUGAACAACUCGUGCUGCAGAGCCCGGACAGAGGCUUAGGCAUACCGAUUAUUGCCGAGGGCGAAAGGCCCGAGACCGUGGUUUAAGAUGAUAGGUAUCAUGAAAAUCGCCGGCCAUUUUGAGUUGACGGGGUGUUCUCAGGUCGAUUGUAGCACACGAUUGUUAGACAACUGACAUCAAGAUCGGGGGUACAGGUUUAGGCGUACGGGUGGUUCUCUCAAAAUAACGGCGUAAUGGGUGUUUGGGGAUAUUGUUGCCAAUCCCCCUUGAAUAACCUAGAUAUCCUAGGGUUUAGUUAUGGAUUAUAGGUUUUAACAGAGCAUUUCAAAGCGAUUCCGAUGUAAUAAUAUGAUUAUCUCUGCAAGCAAAUACCUUGGGUACCUAGAAGCCUCACGCCAAGCACCUGAGUGGGUUUACGGUUUACCACCUUACAAUGCUUACAUACCUCCUAGGUACCUGUAGAGGUAGGUACAUGAUAUUGUACAUGAGAUCCACCAAGACCCUGAACGAAUUAUCUGGCUGUCUGGGACCCAGAUCUGCUAGUCAAACGGCUAGCUUGGUUAGGUACCUAAAGCUGCAUGAGUUUAU